AUGGCGGAGGUGGGGGGAGUCUUCGCCUCCUUGGACUGGGACCUACACGGCUUCUCCUCGUCUCUGGGGAACGUGCCCUUAGCUGACUCCCCGGGUUUCCUGAACGAGCGCCUAGGCCAGAUCGAGGGGAAGCUGCAGCGCGGCUCGCCCACAGACUUCGCCCACCUGAAGGGGAUCCUGCGGCGCCGCCAGCUGUACUGCCGCACCGGCUUCCACUUGGAGAUCUUCCCCAACGGCACUGUGCAUGGCACCCGCCACGACCACAGCCGUUUCGGAAUCCUAGAGUUUAUCAGCCUGGCUGUGGGGUUGAUCAGCAUCCGGGGAGUGGAUUCUGGCCUAUACUUAGGAAUGAACGAGCGAGGAGAACUAUAUGGGUCGAAAAAACUCACACGUGAAUGUGUUUUCCGGGAACAGUUUGAAGAAAACUGGUACAACACCUAUGCUUCAACCUUGUACAAACACUUGGACUCGGAGAGACAGUAUUAUGUGGCCUUGAAUAAAGACGGCUCACCCCGGGAGGGAUACAGGACUAAACGACACCAGAAAUUCACUCACUUUUUGCCCAGGCCAGUAGAUCCUUCUAAGUUGCCUUCCAUGUCCAGAGACCUCUUCCGCUAUAGGUAA